GUGGCAAAGUAUUUGAGGGAGAAGUGCCAUGGUAAUACUAAGGAAGAAAGGAUUACUGCAGUGAGCUGGGCCUUGGCGUUUGUUUACCGUACUCUGCUAGAUACUGUGGAGCAGCAGAUAGCAGAAAGGGAACAGGGAGAUAAGUUAGUUACUAUCCCAGUGACCCAGGCUGCAGCUAACAUCCCAGGCUCCAGGCUAGCAGCUGAAUCAGACAAUAGGCCCCAACCCAUGGCUGUUGCAGCUAAUACAAGAGGUGGAAAGUGUAAAGGCAAGACCGAUCGAAAGGUGGAGGAUGAUGAUGAUGAUGCAGGAGAAGGACCCUCACCAAAAUCAGAGGCCACAUCAAGGGGCACAGAAUCUGGAGCUAAUAUUGACUCCUUCUCUCUGAAGGACCUCAGAGGCCUAAGAAAGGAUUACAGACGACAACCUGAUGAAUCUAUAAUUAGUUGGUUAGUCUGCCUUUGGGAUGCUGCAGGGGAGGUUACGAUUUUGGAUGGUACUGAAGCGAGGCAUUUGGGAUCCCUGUCACAUGAUCCUGUCAUCGAUCAAGGUAUGAUGAGGGGGGCUAACCCUCACAGCCUCUGGGAACGGGUCCUAAGAAGCGUAGCAGAACGAUACCUGUGUACGGAUGAUCUCUAUAUGCAGCAGACACGGUGGAAGACCAUAGAACAGGGGAUCCAAUGCCUGAGAGAGAUGGCGGUGGCAGAGCUCAUUUUCUCAGAUGAUGCAACAACUAGGAAUCCGGACCUGGUACCAUGCACACCUGUAAUGUGGAGGAAACUUGUGCGACUUGGGCCACCUGAAUACACUUCUGCCCUAGCAAUAAUGAAGCGGGAUGAUACAUAUGAGACUGUGCUCGAUAUGACAAAGAAGCUUCGAGCGUAUGCAGAUGCUGUGCAUGGCCCAACUCAUGCCAGAAUUGCAGCAGUGGAAACCCAACUGCAGAAACCAGAGGACAAAAUAGAGGAGAAUCAUAAGAAACUCCGGGAAGAGAUUAAGGAGGACCUUAUUCAAAUCUCAGCUGUACAAAUUAGAGGCCCUGGUGUCCAACGCUGGCGCUCCUUUGAUGGGGAGAGAAGGUACAUCCCACGGGCUGAGUUAUGGGCUUUUCUGCGUGAGUCUGGAGAAGACAUGAGGAGAUGGAAUGGAAAACCCACCGCUGCUUUGGCACAACGGGUGCGUGAUUUGAAGAAAAGAGGAAGUAUCACCAAAAGGAUAGCAGCUCCGGUCGCUCGUCGCCGAGAUGUUAAGUAUGCUGAUGACGAUGACAUGUCCGAUCCCCUUGAAGGAACUUCUAAGGCAUAUGCCCAAGGAAAGGAGGACAAUCUGGCUUAGAGGGGCCCUGCCUCCAGCCAGGAAGAGGCACGGGAGAACCGGGUUUUCUGGAAGGUGUGGAUCAGAUCGCCUGGCACAUCAGAGCGACAAGACUAUGAAGCAUUGGUUGACACUGGAUCACAGUGUACCUUAAUGCCAUCGGAACACGUGGGGACAGAACCUGUUUCCAUUGCUGGAGUGACAGGGGGAUCACAACAGUUCACUUUGUUGGAAGCUGAGGUGAGCUUGACUGGGAAGGAGUGGCAGGAACUUCCGAUUGUGACUGGUCCAGAGGCUCCGUGUAUUUUGGGCAUAGACUUCCUCCGGAAUGGCUAUUACAAAGAUCCUAAGGGAUUCAGGUGGGCUUUUGGAAUAGCUGCAGUGGAGAUAGAGGGUAUUAAACAAUUGAAUACCUUGUCUGGACUAUCAGAGAACCCAUCUGCAGUAGGACUCUUGAAGGUAGAGGAGCAACGAGUGCCAAUUGCCCCCUCAACAGUGCACCGCAGGCAGUACCGGACGAAUCGAGAUGCUGUGAUCCCCAUCCACAAAAUGAUCCGAGAGCUGGAGAGCCAAGGGGUGGUCAGUAAAACCCACUCACCCUUCAACAGCCCUAUCUGGCCUGUGCGAAAAUCUGACGGAGAAUGGAGACUGA